AUGGUUCCUGAAGGCCAAAGACAAGAAUGGGAUGCUGUCUUCUUGACUGUGUCUCAAAGGAAUGCAAAUAGGGAUGCAGGUGUCUCUAAUGUGUGCUAACCAGUUAAAGAAUGUGUCUCAGUAUCUGGCUAGAUUAGAUAGUGUGUCAAAUCUCAUCUGAAUUGGGCUCACUUUCUUUUGGUCUUAGCAUAGGGACCUCAUAGUUGUUGAUGGCUUCUUGCUUUGGCGUAGGAAUACGCAAAAGGUGCUCCACCUAAACUCUGUUCAUGAUGUUCAAGUAUGGUCUGCUAUUGGUGUUGUUGCACCAGUGAAUUUGAAGCAUUUUACUAAGAGGGACAUAAGUGAAAAAUUGUCUCAAGUAUGAAAAUACUGUAGUUAUUGAGUAUGAGCUGGUCUUAUCUUACGCUUGUGAAUGACAGGUUAUUUUAUCACAGGUCCGAGCUAUGGAAAGAGUUACUAAUGCUUGCUUUGGGGUAGGCUGUUUAUAUUGCACCAUUGUAGGUGUAGCUCCUGAAGUGUGACCUUUCUCUGAUUCUGCAUGAACGUGGGAUUUUUGGAUCACUCCCAUAGACUCUGUUCUGUUGGUAAUGUGCUUUGAUUGUAGUGUAAUUUCAUUUUUGUCAGUAGCUAGUUUGUAGAAAUUUCUCCAACCUGAUUGUGUCUAAACCAUAUUUAGAAAUUGUAGUUUUUUUAAAGGCAAUUUUCUUUUAUGUGAUUUUUGCACUAUUUGAUCUUCUUUUACCAUAUCCAUCUUGGAUAGAGGGUUGAGGUAUGUAAAAGUCUGCUUGGCAUGAAUCCCACUAUGUGGGAAUACACUGGGUAUGAUGUUGUUGUUGUUGUGCUAUUUGAAUCUUUUUGAUAAUGUGAUCAUUUUCUAAUUUAUACGUAUAUUCAUAUUAAUAUU